CUCUGGUGUCUGUAUCAGCACAGUUGUAGCUAAUGUUAGCUCUGGUGUCUGUACCAGGACUGUUGUAGCAAACAUUAGAAGUUCUUCUUUUUUUUAAGUGUUUGAGAACACUCGACUUGUUCAGUUAGGUCUAAAGGGGUUAAAAUCUACACCAUUCAGAUGACAAAAAAUACUGAUUAAAAACCAAGGAAAAACUUCUUUAACUGUGUUUAACAAACAGACUGUGAUCUUUGUCCAGUCAUCAGGUCAAACACACAAAACAAACACACAACCCACAGUGUACACAGAUGUCAUGUUUGCCUGAACGUCUGAACUGGACUUUGCUGAACGGUCACUGACCUAAACUUGUUUUUUAUUUUUCCCGGCAGUGUGUACGAGGAUGUUGCAAGACAAGCAAGAUGGCCGACAGUCCCCUGAUGGAACCCAGGGAUACAGGGGUCGGCAGUGCACUGGCAAAUCAGCUGCUCUGUGUACGGACGACGACUGGGUGAGAAUGUGAAGACAUAACAGUCAAAAUAUGAGAUAUUCACUGUCCAGGUGUCCAAAUGUCCCUCUGGCUGCAGGAUGCAGGGUUUGAUCUCACACUCUGAACACAAAACACAGAGAAGAAUCCGGAAGGUGUGUGAGACAGUGAAGGAGUUGCAGAACAAGGCGGAGACUUCCAUGACAGCAGUGACCAACAUCUACAACUGGAACCGCAGAGUCAUCGUCCACAGAUACGUGUCGGAGCAGAAGUUUGCAGAACAGGCCGAGAUACUAGCCAAGAAUCUCACGUUGUUAAGGAAACGCUCGUCUGUUCUGUCGCAAAAACUCCAGGAGAUGCGUAGUCACGUCAAGAGACAGAUUGAAGACUUGUAUCGGACUGAGGUGGACAUAGACAUAAAGAUCCGAUCCUGUGGUGGGUCCUGCCACUCUGGAAUACAGUUCUCUGUGGACCACCACAGCUACCAGAGGCUUCAAACUGACAUGGACCAGAUCCACACCACAGUCAACUGGAGGAGCAGGGCUGUGACACCUUCUGAGGGAGUCGCACGUGUCACACUGAGGCCCGUAGAUGUUGGUCCACCACCGUCUCCAGAAUACAAGACCAUCCCAACGGUUCAGAGAGAACUCCUGACCCAGUUUGAAGACAUCGAACAGAAUCAAUUUGUUUUGGAGGAAGAAGUCCACCUCUGAGGACCUGGUGGUAGGAGGACUCCGUUGGACUGGCAGCUUCCAGAACUUCUCACACCAGACAUUUUGGUGAUGUGCCGCAGUACUGUUGAGCAUCAUCUGCCCUCAGGUCACAUUCAGAAAAGUGCAGAUUCUCACGUAUCCAGGUUCUCUGAUCGUUCAACCAGGACCUACUGAACUCCUAAUAUGAAGAAGGUUCUGGGUUCUGGUUUUCCGGAGAAGAGAACCAUCUGUUUGAGUUGUUGUACAACUGCAGCUGUCAACACCAGAACUUUGUUUCACACUAAAAUAUCAUAUUUAUAACAAACUCUGUGGUUCUUUUGCAUGACAAGAAUACAAAUAAUGACUAUUACACUAGCCCUAAAUGCAGUGAUCGACAUGAAGGAUAACAAUUCCUAGAUAUCUCAUCAAUACCCAUUGUGCUGAUCACCUGACAACAUAUAUGUGUCAGUUUUUUUAAACUACUGUGUGUUAACUACAACAGUAGUGUAAAAACAGCAUUAGUGUUACUUCAAACAUCACAUUUAUAAACACGUUUCUGAUGUGAAAUCUUCCCCCCAAGAGACCUCACUGAUUCAGCACAAGAAAAGUACUUUGUGUCACAGUCAGCAAAGUUUGCAUUUUAAAUAAAUGUUGGUGAACGACUGAAUCACAAA